AUGUAGAAAUUUAAAAAGAGUUAGACAAUUCCUCCAAGGACUAAGGAAAAGAGCAGUAUUCUCGCUCUCUGUGUUAAUUGUGAAGAAUUCAUUAAUGUUGAUCGAAUAGAUCUUCAUGCGUAAAUGUGUACUUAGGUUUCCAAUAAAGUACUCAAAUUUGCUGUCUCUUCCUACUACUUUGAAGAAAAUGAUUUCAAAUUGAAAAAAUUGGAAAAAAUAUUAUAAAAUAAAUAUCCAGAACACUCUUAAAGAUUGUGUAGAAUUUGUGAACUGGUUACAUAAAUUAAUAGUAUAGGGUGUGUAGAAGAAGCAUCAUUGAUACAAUUUGAAUAGGAACUUACUACAAUGAGUAAAGAACCUAUUCAAUCAUUGAACUUAUCAUUAUAUUUAGAAAGAUUACACUCUCUCGUCAUACAAAGAAUAUCAAUCAUUUAAAAUUCAUUAAACUCUAAAGUGAUCAGACCAUCUCAAUCUUAAUAAAACUUUUAUCCUUAAACUAGUACUGCAUUUAAUUCAAAACUAUCUAAGGUAUCGUCAGGUUCAAUAUAAACUCCCAGUAAUGUCAAUUUAUAUAAUUUAUUUCCUAACUAAGUUGAACAGUCAGAAAUUGUAUUUUCAGGGCAUAGACUUAGUUAAGGUUAAAGUUCUGAGAAUAGAAUGACGAUCAUGACUAGAUUCUCAUCAGAAAGUGGAAAUUAAUAGUAGGGAUUGAUAUCUUAAUUAAAAAAAGGAGAUAUCUUGUUAACCAAUAUUAGUGAGUAAUCUCCUGAUAAAAAAUAAGAGCAUGACAAUUCAAAAACCUUUGCAUAACGUUGUUUUUAUUCUAAGGUAUUGAAUUUAAAAUUGGGAUAUCCAUCAAAUAGUCCUGCUUAAAAAAUCCCCGUGUCCUUAUUGUGGCGAUAAGCAGAGUAAAAAUAGAUCAGAUCAGAAAAUUGGGAUAUAUUUAUUAAAUAAUGUCUUGACAAUCCUUUUGAAUAUUUGGAUCCUAAGAAAUUAAAUAAUAAUCUCAAUUAUUCGAACAAGAAUCAGCAAAUAUUUCAACAAUGA